AUGAGCCAAGAGGCCGGGUUGGAGAGGGAGCCAGCGCCCGGGUUGGAGAGGGAGCCAGCGGCUAUCAGCUGUAUGCUGGUGGGGGACGGGGCUGUGGGCAAGACAAGCAUGAUAGUCAGUUACACCACAAAUGGAUACCCCACGGAAUACAAACAGACCGGCUUUGAUGUCUUUUCUGGUCAAGUCCAAGUAGAAGGAGCCCCAGUCAGAAUACAACUAUUGGACACAGCUGGACAGGAGGUGUUUGAUGAUUUCCGCUCCCUCUCCUACUCCCACACGGACGUCUUCCUGCUCUGCUUCAGUGUGGUCAACCCCACCUCCUUCCGCAAUGUCACCAACAAGUGGAUCCCAGAGAUCCGAGCCUGCAACCCCUCAGCUCCCAUCGUCCUCGUGGGCACCCAGUCCGACCUCCUGCUGGACGUCAACGUCCUGAUCAACCUGGACCACUGCGGGGUCAAACCGGUGCUGACCACUCGAGCACAGAGCAUGGCGGAUAAGAUCAGAGCGGUGGACUAUGUCGAGUGUUCUUCGUUGACGCAGAAGAACUUAAAAGAGGCGUUCGACGCGGCCAUCUUUGCUGCCAUCAAACACAAGGUCAGGAAGGAGAAGAAGAGACGGUUGUCAGAAAGGCGCAGCAAGGCCUUCUCUAAAUGCAGCUGGAAGAAGUUCUUCUGUUUUAUCUGAGAUACAGACCCCAUUGGUCAUGGACAGAAAGACUAUUAUUUAUUAACUUAUGAAGACUUUGUAAGAACGAUGUAACUUUAGAAUAAACCAGCGGUGGUGAAUGGACUGAGCUCUAUGGACCUAUAGAAGUGCUUAGUUCUCUCCUGGUCUGGAGAUGGUGGUAUAGAUACUGAGGCUCACUUAGCCAAAAGUCUGUGGUUGGGUGUCUAGGCUGCUCUGAGCAGGCUCUCUCUCUCUCUCUCCUUAUCUCUUUCUCUGUGGAUUGAGUUGCUUUGAUUAGUGAUUUACAUUGAUUACAACAAAAACAGGGCACAUUAGCAUGCCUGAUUGUUCAGGUUGACAGAUUGUCACUAUCCAAAAGUACAGUAUCUGUCAAGUAGGCCUACAAGGUUUAGGUAACCAAGUAAGAAGCGAAAGAAUAGAGAGAAUAUUAAAACCAUGUACAUCACAAGCAUCCUGUCAGUGGGACAAGGCCGUCAUGUAAAUGUUCUGAACUAAUUUGCAUGGUCUGGAUUGGUGCCCGUUCCAACCUGAGAUUUUACUGCAUCGACUCUGUGUGGUAGUACCGU